GAGGGGGCAUAAGCAUAUCAUGAUCAUAACAAGCAUUCCUCGAUUUUAUUACGAAACUAACAAGGCUAUAGUUGUCAACUUUCUAUUAACUUCGUUAUAAGAACGCGGAUUCGCUUAUUGAUUCAGCAAACAUUAUGAACAUCUAGAUUUUAAGUCAGAUAUCACAACAACUAUUAAUAUCUCGUCAGAUGAUUAAUUUACAUCGUUUAAAGAAGAGAUAAGAUGUCAAUUAACAGCAAUAUUGUAAAAAAUGUGUUGUAUAUAAAUGUGUUCUCUUCUUUCAUUAUUCUCCUUAUGAUUGCCUACUUUGUGAUUAAAGUGUCAUGAUAAAAGUCUUUAAAUUAUUUUUCUAAACAAUAUACUUUUGGAGAAAAUACAUAAAAUAUUUUUUAUAUAUUCGUCUGAUAUCUUAGAUAUACUUAAAUGUUCUUUCAGCGAUAUUAACUUUAGCACACAAAAUCUUUUACAACAAGAAAUAUCUUUUUUAUAUGGCAUUUAUAAAUAAUUUUAAUAUUUUUUUUAACUACAAGUUUUGAAUUAGUUAGAGAGAAAUCAAAGUUUGAUGCGAAAGAAGCAAAAGCAGUCGCGUUUACUUUCGCUGUUUAAUCCCUCAUAAACCGGAAAAAUGGAGCUAUCAAAGUAGGAAUCGAAUGUCUCGCUGCUACCUGAGGUAUUUAAUCGCGCGUAUGUAGUUCAACAUCUUCUCGUUUCUCUUCGGUUCUAAUGAUGGGGAUCGUCGUGGAAAGGAGGAUAGCGUGCAUAUAUAAUAUCGUAUAACAUUUUCGCUAUACCGUGUGCAUGACAUCGUCGAAGCGAACAUCGUCAGUGGAAGCACGGCUGACACGCGAAGAUGCAAGGGGACAUCAGGAUUUCGUCGCUAAAAGAGACGCGCAUUUGGAUGAGCGACGUUUUGUCUCUCUCUCGUUCGCGUUUGGAUGAGAAAUAUUACGUUAGGGUCAUGGCUGUAAAAGAGUGGUUCAGAAGACUGCAACCGGUGCAGCUAUACCUGGUGCUGUUCUUUACCACGACUUUUUUCUUAAUCGAGAUCAUCGCUAGUCAUGUGACGCAUUCGCUGACUCUACUCCUCAACGCAUAUCACAUGCUCUGCAAUAUCGUGGCACUUGUCGGUUGUAUCGCCUCGAUCAAGUAUAGCUAUCGAGAAAGAUACAGUAGCAAUAGCAACUGCAGUUCAGUGGGGAAUUCAUCAAUUUGCAUUAACGGGGAAGAACAGGGUUCCGUCACAUCUUUAUCAACAAAAACGAAGGAAUCAUGGUCGGACAGAAAAAUGAAAAACACAUUUGGAUGGGCCAGAAUCGACAUUGUCACGAUGCUCGUUUGCUGCGUUUUUUUGGCAUCUUUUUGUUUCUCCCUAUUAAUGGAGGCAUUGCAGACAUUGGUGCACAUCGAUCAUCUGGAUGAAAUGCAUCACCCAUUGCCCGUGCUGUGCAUCGGUGCUUCCGGAAUACUCUUGAAUGUUUUAUGUUAUAUUUUAAUCGGAGGAUUCACGUUUAAUCAGGGAAUCUUCGUGCACGUCACUGAGAAAGGAGAUGUAAUACUUUGCAGGAAUAUGAAUUUACAAGAAAGAAAGGAUGGCGAGCAACAGUUGUCGGCACAGACUAGACGAAGUCCACUGGCAAUACCAAAAAGUCAAGGCUUUAGGGAAAUGUGUCGAGAUGUUCUCGGAUGCGUUUUCGUCAUUCUAGUAUCGAUUUUAGUUUAUUUCACCGAUUCCGAUGUGGCCAAAUACAUUGAUCCAGUCUUUGCCAUUAUUUCGUCAAUUUCCUUGUUCAUCCUUUGCUACCCGUACAUGAAAGAAUCGGGUUUGAUUCUACUUCAAACAAUUCCAAAUCAUAUAAACAUCGAUUCUCUCAAAAGAGAAUUGUUGCAAGCUUUUCCGGGUAUCGUGAAUGUCCAUGAUUUACACGUAUGGCAAUUAGCAGGAGAAAAAAUCAUUUCCACAGCACAUAUCAUAUUUUUAGAUCCAACGGUUUAUGCUAGUAUCACGGAUCAAGUCACUGCCUUUUUUGUCGAAAUGGGCAUUACGCAGGUUACUAUACAGCCAGAAUUUCAUAAGAUGAAACCGAAUAUGGAUAAAACUGAUUGUCUGAUUCGUUGUCACGGGGAACACUGCAGUUCUUCCCAGUGUUGCUCGCGGGAAAAUUUCUUAGAGGAUGCUGCGUGCAAGACGGAAAAGAACACGCAUCCAAUCACUAAAAAGUACGAUAAAAAGGAGAUAAUACCAGCUACAUGUGCGAUUAGUUUGGAGAGAUUUACUAAUAAUGCGGAAGAAGCCCUAGUGAUGCGAACUGUCAAGAGCGAUCCAAUAGUAGAAAAAUCUGAACACGAUUCGACGAAUGAAAACACAUCUCGUUUGAACAGCGAACAAAAAUAAAGCAUUGUAAAUAUGACAUUCAAUUCCUGUGCGAUAACUAUAAUCGAUCGGAUAUCUACUAGUACCAGACAUCUGCAACUGCUGAUAACCAUGUGGACUACAGCAUCGUAUCUUAACUUAAUCCUACAAUGAUACUAUAUCCGCCUUAUAACAAAAACGAUACAUCAUGGAUAUGAUAUACCCAAGUCAACUUUGACUUCUAAUAACUUUCAUAAAAAUGAACAUAUAGCAAGAUUUUGUUAUCGUUAUCUCAAGCACUAAAAAUUAUACAAUCAUAACAAAAAAUUUUAUUAUCUUUAUUAAUAAAAAAAAAACUACAAUAAAUAAAAUAAAUAACAAAAAAAAAAUUCUACAAUAAACAAAAUUUCCGGGUAUUCCAUACUUAUAGUAUCAUUUUAGGGUUCAUAUAUUGUUUAUUGAUAAUAGUUUUAUUUGAUCUUUUUAUGUGGCAUAUUAUUUAAAAUAUACAAUCCUGCUCAUCACAUUAAAUGGCGUGACACUUUCGGGCCAUAAAAAUUUCAAUAUUUUACAAAAAAAAAAAAAAAAACAGAAAUUUAUUAAUUUUAUUGCAAGUAAUGUAAUAAUCAAAUAUUUUUUUUAUCAUUUUGACAUUAUCAAACAAUCACAGAUGCACUAAUUCUUUUUUUAUAAAAGUCAUAUAUAUUUUUUUAGUAUUAUAAUCUAAUUAAUAUUUUUGUUUUGAAAAAAAAUAUUAUUAGAAUUUAAAUUACUCAAAAAAAUUUAAAAUAAUUUUUAAGUUAUAUCCUAUUUUUCAUACAUACAAAAUUUUAUUCUUAUAUCAUAUUUAAAAAAAUGUAUAAACAAAUAAAAUUAUCUGGCAUCUAAAAAUAUCAAAGCUAAGCAUGAAUCGUGAUAUACGUAUAUUUUUAACGAGAAGACUGCAAGUUAGUAUUAAGUAUUUCAAAAUGUACAUAUAACGACAAGAUAUAUAAUUAAUGUCUUGUAAUUUUGGAAAUCCGGACAAUAUGUGUGCUAGUUAUCAGAAGAAUGGAAUAUUAAUUUCAUUAGAUAUAUUCAUAAUUUUUCCAGUGCAACAAAUUCAUUUUUUUUCCAAUGCGAUGAGAUGUGUAUCUCAAAAUAAACAUCGUAUAAUAUACGUUAUUCGAUUUAUAUAUUCAUAGUCAUAUAUUAUCGCUCAUAAGUAUUUAUAGGCUAAUAUUAAUAUUUUAAUAUUAACAACCAAAUAUAUCUGGAAAUCAUUCUAAAAUUUAAAUAAAAUUUAAAUUUAAAUUAAAUUUAAAUUAUACUAAAAUUUAAAUUUUAAAUACAAAAAUUGCAAAAUAUUAAUAAAUAUGCACUUAUGAGCGAUAUAAUGUGUCUAAUAUGAAUUAUAUAAUAAUUAAUUAGAAUAUAUAUAUAGUUCAAUUAUUAUACAAGUAUUAAUGACAAUUCGAUAUGUUCCUCUCUCCCAUAAAUGUAAAAUUCCUACUUUUUAAGAAAUAAUUUUUUGACCAUUAGAUAAAAUAUAUAUUAAAUCGUAAAAUUAAUAUUAUAAUUUUAUAAUCAAGAUAUUUCUUAAGAUAAACUACAGUCUUUUAUCUUGUAUAAAUAUUUUUUCUUUUACAUCGAUUUCUAAGUAAAACUGUCUUAUACCAUAUGUAUUAAUAUUAUCAAGUGAAACUAAAUAAAAUAAAAAUUAUAUACAAUUAAUUUUAAAAGAUAUAUUAUCCGUAAAAAAGAAAUCAGCAUAAUUUAUGAACAAUAAGAUUAACAGAAAUACACGUCUCAACAAACAAGACGAAAACAAAACUCUGGAGAUAAUGUAUGUCACUGACAACAAUUCCUACGCGAUAAGUGUGGGCGUUAAUGAUCGACAGAAACCUGUUGCUGCCGAUAGCAACGAGGUCUACAGCAUUCUAUCUUAAGUUUGGAGUCGCUGUUCUGACAGAUAAUAAUUUAACUUUAACACAUUGUCCACGAUCAAAUUGAUAUAUAUUUAAUAUAUUACAUUACAGUGAGAUUAUUUUUAUUUUAAAUUGAAAAAAAAAUUGCUAUAUACACGUAUAGAAUAAUUUAUAGUAGAUUUUUGUAUCUUUACAAAAAUAUUUUGAUUAAUAGUUGUAAAAAAAUUUUGUCCUGUCUCUUCGUAAUUU